AUGUGUUGUUGAUUUACAACAUUCGGAAUACUAGUUUUAGUCUACAUUAUUUUAAAGGCAGGUGUUUUUAAUGUUUGUGUGUUUGUUUCUCUGAAAGCUUUUAUUAUUUUUGCGGAUUAUAUAAUAUACAUUUGUUAACAUUUAUCAACAUAUGCGUACAAUUUACUACAAUUUUCAACAAUGUGAUAGACAUAAAUACAUGCAUGGCAAUUUGUUAUCGUUAUUCAGUUAACAGUUUUAUUAUACUCUAACUGUUAAGGCAUUUCGUUUGCAAGCUGUGUUUUGAACGUGUGGAGGAUAGUUGCUUCUAAGCUGUACCUGAAUGGGGGAUCUUGAUGAGGUCAAUAGUAACCAUGGAGCCGGCAGUGGUCACAAUGUCACAGUCAUAAACGUUGCACACCAGUACUUUAUGACGGAAACCAAUGGCGACUUCAUCUUCCAGGGUGUGCACAUAUGGUCUGUUGCAGGAAUCGCCAUAGCCAUGGUCAUCGUGAUGAUUCUGUCUGCGCUGUGGCAAACUUUACAGUACUGGUACAAUCAAUUGCAAAAUCGGGUUCUCGCUAGCCGGAAUGAUAGACAUUCUGCUGUCAUGCACAAUCGGACUCAUUGCAAGAUGACGUGCCUGAGGAUGACUACGGUUUUACUCGGUCAUGUGACAAUGUUGUGUGUGAUGAGCAUGAACAUUUGGCUACUGGUAGCCGUAGUGAUGGGUUCAGGACUGGCGUAUUUAUUCUUAUAUAGCAACACGAUAAGGGAUAUUGCACGCGAGGAGACGCAUGUCUUAACGGACCCGUCUGACGUCAUUCACAACUGA